GUAAUACAUUAAAUUUUACAGAUAAUUAUAUACCAUCUCCAGUUGCUGUUGAAGAUAUUUUAAGAUCUGAAGUAGAAUUAAGGGUAUCUCAUGAGCCUAAAUCAGAUAAUGUGGAAAAUUCAGAAGUUCCAGAAUUUGUAGAUCAAGUUGAUUUAGAUUCCUCAAAUUUUGAAGUAUAUCAAGGUGUUCCUAAAGAAUUUAAUGAUGAGGUUACCACAGAUAAUUUAAAUAUUUUAACAGAAACAAAUUUAGUGACAAAUGAAACAAUAUAUGAGGAACCUCCUGUUCCAGAUAAUUUUCUUGUUGAUGAACCAUUAAUAAAUUCUAAUGAAGAAUUUUGUCAAGAAUCAACUUGUGAAAAUUCAGAAACAUUAUAUAUUAGGCCUGAUGAAUCAGAGGAAAUUAGGGAAUCUCAGAAUAAUGUUCCAACAGAAGCUGUAACAAAUAUUGAAAAAAAUAAUAUUGUCAAAAAUGGGGAUAAAGAAUCUGGUAUUCCACAACCCAUGAAAAGGCAGCAUUUAUUACUUUCUUUAGGUGCAGCUCCUAAAGCUAAAAUAAUUCAAGAAGGUGAAUGGAUUCGACAAAAUGAAAAGACUCAAACAAAGCGGCUAUCAAUGCCAAUACUUGAAGGUUCCAUUUAUGAUACAUCACCAUGGCAUAAAGAAAAUAGUGGAAAUAAAAGUGAAACAAAUUCUCCUGAAAAAUCUAUAGGAGACAGAAGUUCAUUGCCUCCACUUUCAUUCGAUUCUCCUCAUAAAUAUCCACCUGUUCCCCCUCCUAAGCCUUCAAGUAAAAAUUCCCCAAUUAGUGAAGAAAUUAACAGUUCCAGUCCAAGUGAAAUUCAGACUGUACAUUAUGUUAUUUCACCAGUGUCAGACUCAAGUGAAGACAGUGAUGGUAAUUCUGCAUCAGGAUAUUCUUGGAAUUAUGAACAAAUACAACCUCCAGAUUCUAGAGAGAUGAGUGAAAAUCAACAACCAAAACCAAAUGAAUUAUGUGGUGUCUGUAGUAAAGAACUUGGUUUUGGAGAAGUAAUUGUUGUGGAUACUGUGCUGUUACCUUACCAUAGUGACUGUUUCAAUUGUAGCAUCUGCAAUACAGAAUUAAAUUCUCAAUCAAGUAUCCAAUAUCUGAAUAAUAAUUUGGCUUGCCAGACAUGUGUGGAUACAAGGAAUGCUCACAGUGCUAAUUCACCAGGGGAAUCCAGUUCUAGACUAUAACAAAGUUAAAAA